AUGUCGGGGCAAUUGGUGAAGCUCUGGCAACACCCCGAUCCUACCUCCACGAACAUCGAGGCAUUUCGACGUCUUGCAAACGAGAGAUAUCAGCUGAAUAUUGCCGACUAUCAUGAUCUGUGGAAAUGGUCAACAGAAUCUCUCAACCAAUUCUGGAUGCUGGUGUGGGAAUUUACCCGCGUCAAGGCAUCAAUUCACCCUUCAUAUGCUAUUGCGUCUUCGGACGUGAAGAGACUGAAUCCGACACCGACUUGGUUCCCAGAAGCACGCCUUAACUUCGCGCAGAACAUUCUUGAGACGGCUUACGUAGCUGGAGCCGGGUCGAACAUCCCCAUCCUGACUGGUGUCAGAGAAGGAGGCGGCGAAAUCGAGAAUGUCACGCUCUCCCAGCUGCGAGAUAGGGUUGGACGGUUGGCAAAUGGCCUGACUCGAGCUGGUGUUCGAAAAUCCGACUGUGUGGCCUGCAUUGCCUCCAACAGCAUUUCCACCUUUACCAUCUUUUUGGCAGCAGCAUCGAUCGGUGCCAUCUUCACGUGUUGUUCUCCCGAAACAGGUGAGAAGGGCAUUCUGGACCGUUUCCUGCAGGUGCAGCCUAGGAUCCUGUUUGCCGAUGAUUGGGUUCUGUACAAUGGGAAGCGAAUCCCUUGUUUGGACAAGGCGCGGACAGUGGCAACUCGGCUGAAGACGCAGGGAGUUCUAGGGGCCCUUGUCGUUGUGCCACGUUUCGGCGAUAAGUAUCCAGAUCGACCCGAUCAAGGGUUCCAGAGCCUCGAUACAUUCACUUCUGGGGUGUCUGAGCAGCUAGUGUUUGCGCAACUGGAAUUCUCCCAUCCUCUGGUCAUCGUAUACUCUUCAGGAACGACUGGGCAGCCUAAAUGCCUUGUCCACACGCUUGGGGGGAUUUUGCUGAAACAGAAGUUGGAGCAAAUCUUGAGCAUCGACUUGAACAACACCAGUGUCUACCUUCAAUACACAACGACCAACUGGAUCAUGUAUCUCUACUCGAUCUCAGGUUUGCUCAGUGGGGCGAGAUCAAUUCUCUAUGAUGGUUCACCCAUGAAGCCAAGCCUACUGGGAUUUCUCAACAUCCUCUCUUCUCACCGAGUCACUCACUUCGGGACCAGUGCCCACUACCUCUCCCUCCUGGAGCAAGCCGAUAUCAGAAAAGAAGGCAUGCCGAAUCUGGACGCCUUGAAGGUCAUCACCAGCACAGGAUCGGUCCUGACGGAGCAACAAUACUACUAUGUCUACAAGAACUUUGGACCAGUGCAGCUGAGCAGUAUUGCAGGUGGCACGGACAUUGCUGGAGCUUUUGUGGGCGGUACUCCGAGUCUGCCAGUUUAUGCAGGCUGGUGCCAGGCACGAGCACUGGGGAUGAAAGUACAAAUCUACUCAGAUGACGGCCAGGCAAUCGAGUCAACCGGCGAAGCUGGCGAGCUUGUGUGUACUGCACCCUUCCCAUCCCAGCCGGCAUUCUUUUGGGGGGAUAAAAAUGGUGAACGGUACCGCUCGGCGUACUUUGAGAGGUUUCCAGGUGUGUGGCAUCAAGGAGAUUAUAUUCGUAUGGACCCUCAUACCCAAGGAGUCCAGUUCCUGGGUAGAAGUGAUGGUGUCCUCAAUCCAUCUGGUGUUCGAUUCGGAAGCGCUGAGAUCUACAACUGCCUGACAGGCUUCACAGAGAUCGAAGAAAGCCUCUGUAUCGGUCAGCGAAGACCACAUGACGACGAUGAACGGGUGUUACUGUUCUUGAAGAUGAAACAAGGACACUCAUUGGAUGAGAAGCUGAAGAGUGCCAUCAAGGCUCAUAUCCGAAAGGAUCUGAGUCCAAGACAUGUUCCCAAGUUCAUUUUCGAGACGCCAGAGAUUCCCAUGACUGUGAAUGGGAAGAAGACCGAGUUGCCCGUGAAGAAAAUAGUCUCUGGUCAAAAAAUCACUCCGAGCUCGACUAUCAUCAACCCCGAAUCGUUGAAAUGGUACGAGCAGUUUGUCCACCUCGACGAGAGAGGCUCAACGAAACCGUCUAGCAAAUUGUAG